ACUGUUAGAAUAUGAUCCCGGCAACAGCCGCUCCUGUGCUUCAACAAACAAGACAACCUUCCCACUGCAACUAACUCGGGUUGAAAUCAGGGUCCAUCGCUGAGCGUGGUCCCAGUCACACUGUCUCCUUCUCCCCUCCUGCUCCUGCUCUGCGCUGGAUCUCUCGUGUCCGAAAAUGUGCGUGGAGAGCGAUGGAUGUGAGAUUGAGGGCUGCAGCAGUUCGGAUGAGGUGCGCACGCUGUCCGGCAGCAUGAGUCCCGGGCUGAAGUCCGGCCCGGACCUGGACCUGCACCCCUGCAAGCCGGGGCAGAAAUUCCGCGCCGCGCUGAUGCGCUGCCGCUCGCCGGCGGCCGCCGCCGGGAUCCUCAGCUUCGGGAACGUCCUCAAUUACAUGGACCGAUACACCGUGACCGGUGUUAUGCUCGACAUCCAGCGGUAUUACAAAGUUUCAGACAGUCAAAUCGGCUUGUUGCAAACAGUCUUCAUCUGCAGCUUCAUGGUGGCAGCUCCCAUCUUUGGUUACCUGGGCGACCGCUUCAAGAGAAAGGUCAUCCUGAGCGGUGGCAUUUUCUUCUGGUCCAUUGUUACGCUGCUGAGCUCGUUCAUCAGUAAAGAGUACUACUGGCUAUUUGUACUCUCCAGAGGACUGGUGGGCAUUGGAGAGUCCAGCUACUCCUCCAUCUCCCCCACCAUCAUAGGAGACCUGUUCACCAGUAACAGUCGCACCAUGAUGCUGUCUGUCUUUUACCUGGCCAUCCCCCUGGGAAGUGGGCUGGGUUACAUCUUGGGCUCUGGUGCCAAAGAUGCUGCAGAAGACUGGCACUGGGCACUAAGGGUGUCCCCGCUCUUGGGCAUGACCGCGGGAACGCUGAUCCUGCUUUUCGUGCCGGAGCCCAAGAGAGGCAGCGCGGACCAGAUGGGAGGGCGCAUCCAGGCCCGCACCUCCUGGAUCUGUGACAUGAAGACCCUGGCCAAGAAUCGGAGCUACGUGUUCUCCUCCUUUGCUUCGGCUGCGGUGUCCUUUGCCACAGGCGCCUUUGGUACUUGGAUUCCUAUCUACCUGGCCAGAGCCCGGGUGGUGCAGAAGACGGCAGAGCCCUGUAUAAAAGAGGUCUGCAGCAGCACAGACAGCCUCAUCUUCGGGGCGAUCACCUGUGUGACAGGACUGUUAGGGGUGGUCAUCGGUGCAGCCACCACACGCUUGUGUCGACAGAGGACAGAGCGUGCCGACCCGCUAGUAUGCGCUGUCAGCAUGCUUGGCUCGGCCAUCUUCAUCUGCCUCAUCUUUGUGGUAGCCAAGAAGAGCAUUAUUGGAGCUUAUGUUUGCAUCUUCAUUGGAGAGACGCUGCUGUUCCUGAACUGGGCCAUAACGGCAGACAUUUUAAUGUUUGUGGUUAUUCCCACGCGGCGAGCAACGGCGGUGGCCUUUCAGAGCUUCGCCUCUCAUCUCCUGGGUGAUGCAGGAAGCCCGUACCUGAUAGGCCUGAUCUCCGACGGCCUUCAGGAGAACUACGCUACAUCAUCACUGUGGCAGUUCCUCAGUCUGGGCUAUGCCCUCAUGCUGUGUCCUUUCAUCAUUGUCUUGGGAGGCAUGUUUUUCCUGGCCACUGCGCUGUUUUACCUGGAUGACCGGGAGAAGGCUGAGAAGCAGUUGAGCCAGCUGACACGGUCCUCAGUCAAGGUAUGAGCAGGUGACGAGCAUAUAAGGACCCAUCUGAAGACAACUAAACUUUGGAAGGAUGACACAAUGGGGAUAAAGAGGCACUGGCAGCCUCCUUCAAACCACACUCACGUCAUCGUUCCUUUUGUCACCGCCGCGGUCAUCCUCCUCCUUUUGGCUUUCAUAAACUAUUAACUCACAGCAGAACGAGGGUGCGUCUUGCCCCUCCUUGAGCUACUUCUUGAUCACAAACGGGUGAGGAGGUGCUCGGCUGUGUGCUGAAGACACCUCCCUGACGGCGGGAGCGCUCCUCACCUCAGCCUGCGAAGAUCCACUGAACCUUUCUGGGAGAAGGCCGGGCUGGAAUCGUCCCCCAUGACCCCUCCGACUCCUGAUGCCAUACUACUGAAUGCUGACCAUGAACCUGCUCUGUCUGCCUGUCUGUCUGUCUGUCUGCCUGCCUGCCUGCCUGCCUGUCCAAUAAUAUGUCUUGCGUGUCUGUCCGUCUCUUCCAUCAGCUGUCAGUCUGCACUAAGUGCCAUAGCCUCAUUACAUUCCUUUAGACGUUGCACUGACCACCACCGACCCUCAUCACGUUGUUACCCCCUAUGUUUACAUGCACAAAACAGUUCAGCAUCUGAUGAAGCUGCACAUGUGGCUCUUCUUAUUUUCAUGUUUCUCUCUAAAUACAUAUUUCAGUUCAAACUUCCGCCUUACCAGUGAAUUUUUGUCUGUGUUGCUAAAGGUAGUAAGUUUUCCGCGAUUCAUCGUGCCUCAGCUUUUUACCAUUUUGAGUCUGCAAACUGAACCUGUAAAAUCUUCAUCAUGCGAUGCAGCAAAAAAAACAGCAGCAAAAAUGAUGCUGCAGAAACUGUUGUGUUCUUGGUCAAACAGGCCUCCAACAGUGUGACUUCUAUCAGAUUAUUCUGCACAUCUCAGUCACAGUAUUAACUACAUGAAUGCGGUUUACAAGACGAAUGCAAUAUUUUUACGACUCGUUCUGCUGUGCAUGUAAACAUAGCGAACAACCAAGAGCCAAAAAGUGUUACUGUUUAGUGAGGUCAGUGAAUCCGCCUUAAGAACAGGAGGUUUCACAGAUGCAGAUGCUUCCCAUCUGCAGCUGUGACCCAUACAUGGUUUUAUUUCAGCUUUUAGCACUUAAAUCAGUGUAGACAGUGCCAGACAACAUAACGGAGAUGAGAAAUUUCUGCACAUUAUUUUUUUAAGGUUUUCUUCUUCUUCUUCUUUUCGUGUGUGUAAUGUUGGAUUUGAAGCUGCAGGUUUCUGCCUACGAUUGUUUCUGAAGGGUGAUGCUGCAAUUCGGGUUAUUUUUAAAGCGGACACUGGAUUUUAUGUUUUGUAAUUUAUUAUCUAUACGCCCUUUUCCCAAAAGGAAAUGGAAUGCUAUUCUGUUGACAAGAAAAAGAGGGACAGCUGUGUUUUGUGUUCAUGAGGAGCAAUACAAGAAGAAAAAGGGAAAAAAAAGAGGAAAGCAACUAUUUCUAAUCCACACUGCCUUAUCAGAGAGCUGGGUUCCCUUUUUAAGGGGGUGGCUCCCCGAUGGUUUUAGAUUUCUGGACGCAGAAUUACCCGCACAGGGGCCGAGUCGCUUUCAACGACCUCCUGCCUGCUCACAAUAACAGGCAUUGUGAAGAGAGGCCUUUCCACCAUGCAACUGUAGAUAUCUCGUUCCACGGUUUUCAGAAAGGACCUUUGAAAAGAGCCGGAGACACAGUCAUCAGUUUAUUAGUGAUUAGAAUCAACAUCUGAGACACGGAGAGGAAAUUCUUGGGGCUUAUGUUAGACCGACGGUGAGCUCUUAGUGGUGAUAAGCGGGGGAUCCUCCUUUGAAGGCACCGCCUUGUCAGACGUCUCUGAAGGAAAAGCAGUCCUACUCAAUACCUGCACUAUAGGCGGAUGUAGAAAUGUACAUAGAAAUAAACAAGAAUCUGUGAUUGGAUUUGUUCACUUUUUGCAUUCAUUGGGGUGAAAUACAGUUUUGUGAUUAUGCUAAUUUAACAGUAUCUUAUAGAAGAGGUAAAGUCAAGCAAGAGGUCAAAUGCUUCAUUACAAGCUGCCAUGAAGGAUCACUUUAUGUAAAACAUCACCUGGUGCAACUAUUUUAGUAAAACCUUUGCUGCAACUGAGAUGCUGAGGUUUUAAAAUUGUGAGGAAGAAAGAACUGUGCUUGAGGAGAAAUGAAAGGUGGAGGAUGGACUGACCUUAGCAGAGGAGUGGAAGGAGACUGUGUUGGCUAUGUUCGCAGAGAUGUGCGAGCGUGACUCACUGGCUGCGCGUGGGGCGCCAUGCUGGCUGUGUCCUGGAUGCCAGAUCAUUAGCUUUAGCUUCUCUCUCCAGCUGCGAGGAGCUCUCUGAAUGUGAUUGUGCCCAACCCGACGUGUUUACACACCUUCAUCUUCUUAAUGAACUAAGCUUCUUACCUUCCAGUUAUCGAUUUUACUUGUCUUUUUUAAUGUUACCAAAUGAGUUGUUUUUUUAAAUACUACGAUAGAUAUACAGAAAUAUAUAUAUAGCUAUAUGGCGCAGCAACUUUAAUAUAUUGUAAAUGAUGGCUUGGAUGCAAUGUAUUUAUUUGUUUGUUACUAUAAUGAAGAAUAAUCUAUAAAGGGAAGUUUAAGGUUUGAAUAUAAUACACUUUAUUAUGUCAAUGUGUUUUGAAAUGUCUAGUUUUAUCUUUUUUUAAUCACAAUGGAACAACACAGUACCUUUUUUUUAAUGUCACAAAGACUCAUCCUGUUUACUGUGAUCAUGAACUUGACAUCUCUCACACACAUAAACACAAAAACAAAUGCAAAUGUGAUAACUUUAAAACAACCGAUUAGUCUCAUCGUAGGGAUGCAAGAUUUUUUGCAUUCCUUUUUGUAGCUCUUGUAUGUUUGUUUUUUACAUCUGAUCAAACCAUUUUGCACACUUGAUGUUCAGAGACUUAUUUAAACCGCAGCCUCCGUCUCAGAGGUUUGUCUCUUCAUGCUCACAGUAAGUCAUCUGUCUCCAGAAGGGAACUUGGCUCUGGCCAAAUGGGUCAUGAAUUGAGCUUCACUUUGCCAAAUUUGAGUUGAUUUUUAGCACCAGUCCUUUUAGCCUGUUGUAUGGAGUUUUUCCGUGUAAAUAAUCACUGAAGUGAUGCGCUGAGAAUGUGCAAUUUCUUGUCAUACAAGAAUCCUGUAUAAAGAAACCUAUUUCUGAUGUUGAGCAGAAAACAGAGGUUAUUUUUAUUUUUAGAGCAAGUCAGUGAAGAAAAAAAGUGUGUGAAGUCAAAGGUUAUUAUUGUAGAAUUGAACUGUGAUGCUCCCGUCAAGGGGGAGUGAAAGGAAAUGUACAUGCCUGUAAAUCAAAUAAACCUAUUUAAUCACUUCA